CUCAUCUCAUCUCAUCAAACAUCAAUCAGUCCAGUCGACAAAACAUCACUACUCUAUGACAAUGAUGAGACGUCCUUGGGCUUGACCCUCUCCCUCUAAGUAGUCACACAACCACUACGCUCAACCAACCCAUCCUCCCUCCCACCUUACCGAACCUCCCCCGUCCCCGCUCCCUCCUCAAAUCGCAUCUGCCUGAAUCACCGCAAGCGCCGUCCUCAAUCCUACCAUGUCCAUUACCAUGCCCCUCUCAUCCUCCCCGCCAACAACUCCCCUCUCACCUCGAUGCGAGGAAAUCUCUCAUGUCAGCUACACCAACUUCGCCCUGAGUUUAUUCAUCCUCCUCGGCAUCCUCGUAUCCUACCUCCCGCAACACAUUCGAAUCAUACGACGACGGUCCAGUUACGGUCUAUCGCCAUGGUUCGUCCUCCUCGGCACCACCAGCGGAACAUGCGCAUUUGCCAAUAUCUUGGUCCUACCCAAAAGUCGUCUUGAUGUUGGUUGUUGUCGUGAUGUUGAUGGGUUUGCGUGUCUGGCUGGACUGUUGGGUAUUGCGCAGGUUGGUGUUCAAUGGUCGUGUUUCACUCUCAUUCUACUGCUCUUCCUCAUCUUCUUCCCACGCGAAGACACGACAAUAACGGCAAUUCCAUCUCAUCCAUCAUCACCUACGCGCACCACAGCGGCACUUGCGCAGACUUUGCCGUCGACGAACGAUACGACGACCGUAUUCCCUCCUCCAGAAUCAAACAUCCAUCACCAUAAUGACCAUGUCAAUGACGCAACCACUCGCCAUCCGAACGGCAAACCAAAAUCCCUGUUAUCAUCCUCCGAAUCCGCCACUCAUACCCAUCUCCCACCGACUUACCGACUUGCCCUUGCCGUAACAGGAAUCUCCAUUCUCCAUGCGGUGUUGACCAUGAUCGUAUCUGGGCUGGUCCUGAUCCUGUCACCACAAAACGCACAACCACUCGCCAAUAUCUUAGGUCUAUCCUCGACACUACUGGCGUCGAUUCAGUAUUUUCCUCAGAUUCACACGACUUGGAUGUUGGGCACUGUUGGUUCGUUGAGUAUUCCCAUGAUGUGUAUCCAAACACCGGGGAGUUUUGUUUGGGCGGGGAGUUUGGCUGCGAGAUUUGGUAUUGAGGGAUGGAGUACUUGGGGUGUUUAUCUGGUGACAGGGUGUUUACAGGGGACUUUGUUGGUGAUGGGGAUUAUUUUUGAGUACAGGAAUUGGAAGAAUAGGAAAUUGGUCGAGGAGGCGGAGGGGGUGGGUCAGCAGGAUUCAGAGGAAACUCCUUUGUUAGGGACACGAGAUUGA